AUGAAUUUCACAGGCAAGGUGAUGGUUGUGGGCGUUCUUCUGAGUUUCUGUUUCUUGAAAGGUAUGUUACAGAGUAACUAUUCAUGUUAUCCCUUCACGAAAACGACUGUGUUUAUUUAUUAAUGGAGUUUUAUAAAACUGUCGAAAAGACUUAAUUGCCUAUUUUCGAGUCAAAAGCACCUACUAGAUAUUUGCUUGGGAAUUUCUCCGCUUCACUUGGUGCAACGUUUCAAAUUUUACCAUUUUUUUCACACGUUACUCUUCUAGCUUUUUAUACGAAUCUUAGGCACAACACUAAAGCAUAGUAAAAUAGAACAAACAAAUUACGGAAUAUAUUUAAACUCCAUCGGUAUGGAACUCCAUUGACGUAGAUUUUCAAUCUCCUUCCGCGUACGGUUGAAUUGUCCUUGUAAUAUAGAAAAUGAAACACUUUUGUGUUUAUCAAUUACUACUGGUUUACUCUACGUCGCUUCCAUUGUAUACAAAUUCUGUUUUGCAAUAAUUGCGAACGAGCAGACUCAAGAAAGGUGAGGCACAGCCUAAUCAAGCGGCGUGCGCGAAAGUUUCAGGAAGUUCCAAGUUCUCGAAUCGAUGUAACAUAUAAGAUACUGUAAGGUAACUUUUAUGACGUAAUGCAGAACAGCGAAUGCAUUGUUUUCGAGCGAACACGUGAUACAGAACAGAGAAUCCACUAGCCGUGUGCGUGUUUGUGAGUCCCGUGCUCAUCCCGUCUUCAGCCAAUCGUCGGGUGGAUUCGUUUGCAUCAAACGCGUAUAGCUGUCGCAUUUGUCCGCUGGGAUUUUUUAUUGCCUGCCGCUAAGAAAAAAAUUACCCUGCAAGCAGAGGCCCUUCGAUCUUCUUAGAUAAGUCUUCCGGACUUAUCUAGGAAGAUCGAAGGACCUCGGCUCUCAGGGUAAGAAAAAAUAUAACGCCGCCGAAUUUAUUGUGUCUUUGAAGCAAAGUAAUUCGGAAGGCUUCAUCGGCGCAUCAUAAAUCUUUUUUUCCUGAAAAGUAGACUGCCUAAAACGAGUGCAAAAAUCUGUGCCUGAAUCUGUACGUUGAAUAUUCGCGGACUUUAAUAUGAUUUUUCGAAGAUUCUAGAGUGAUUUUAUGCAUGGUUCAAUUUUACUUGUAACCAUGCCCCCCCCCGGCAGACCCCCGGGGGAUUUUCAUUUUUUUUCUUUUUUGGAGGUCUAUUCCCCAUCCCCGGGCACGCAGAAAGAGGCAAUUCCCCACCCCCGAGCUCCUGAUCGACAUCACAUAUGUUUUUUGCUACAUCUACAAAGGCAAAACGACACGUUUACACAACUUUUAUGAAUGUUUUCCUGAGUUUAUUGAGAGAAGGAUAAUGGAUGUCAUAAUGUAGCUAAAACAUGAACAAUAAAUUUGAAAACGAAAACGAAGAAGAAAAACUCUUUACGAAAGCGCCUCCUUGGUAGAACUUCAUAAGAACACUGGACCGAAUCUUUGUUUCUCCACAUAUAUCAAAAGCCUUUUCAUUUAAGUUAUCAUUAUUUAAAGCUAAGCUGAAGAAAUAUUUCUGUCCUUCCUUUCCAGAAAAUAAAAUCCAUUUAAGAACGCAUCAUACGCACAUUCACUUCAAAUUUUAAAACAUCCCUUUAAAUACAAACUUUAAUUUUGAUAAGUUACUCCAACCAACCACUCUCCGACAAACUCCUGCGUCUUUCCUUAAAAAUAUGUAAUCUUGAGGUCCGCAGCCAAGGUGUAAACCGCGCGAGAAAUAACACGUACUUAGCAAAAUCAAAGAGAAGAUAUUUUUUAUUUGCCCCACACCCCUGCACCCGGGACAGGACGGCUUUAAACAAUUCCCCACCCCCGGGGCAAGUUAAAUCGCUCUAAGUUCGCUUAUAAGACCACUAAAUUUUACGCAAAAUGACCUGUGCACAACUUCGGACAAAAACACAAAUUUCAAUAUCGAAAAAUAUGCUGUGUAAAAGUCGGGAUUUCAAAUUCUUUAUGCAGUAGAACAGUUUAGUUCACUAUUCUCAAGGUAAUUUUCGCUUAUGUAAUCGAAUUGAGUUCAAACUAUUUUUCGUAAAUGACGGUAAUUCAUGACAUUUCUAAACAAAUUGAACAGAGCGCAUGUAUACUGUGGAGCGAUUUAACUUGACCUUGAAACAGUUAAUAACAGCUAGUAUAAAAUAGCUACAAAUAAACAAAAGAAGACAAUGGAAUUAGUGCAUGAUAGUACGUAGUAUUUUACUACCUAUUUCACGACUUUAAUUAUUAUAAGUAGUAUCACUCCAGGUAAAACCUUUGCUCGUUGGCACUUAGCGUUAGCUAUAACUAGUUAAUUAGUGUUACAAAGUGUUGAUUAUAUUGGUCCACUGGUAGUCUCUGUUUAUUACCAUUUUUCUAUGCGUGUGUGUCUAUUUCUGUUUGGGUGCCCGACCUGAACAAGCAGCCGGCUUAGCGCUUGGCCUUUUUAUUGUAAGGACAUUUCGGGUAGGCAGAAGUUCCCAGAAUUCUGUGAUUUAUCAAUUAAAUCAUUGUAAAGGGGUAAAGAAAAGUUAAGUUGUUGCUGUUGUUGAAAUCUGGUUUUCAAAACCAAUUUUGUGUUCAAAACCAAUUUUGUGUCAAACCCAUGCGCUAUAUGUGAGCGCUUAUUAAAAGUUAACACGACUGGCAAUAUUGCGUAACUAAAUGAUUCACAGGGUUUCGAUAGGGUUCAUGUGGGAGUAGCUUUAUUUCGAAGAAAAUUCGCCUUAUCGGAGCUUAUUGUGAAGAAACUAAAGUGAAAUUCACUUACUUUAUUGCUGUAUGUUGAGUUCGUUUUGAAGCGAUUUGGGCUAGUUUUGCGGACCUGUCUUCACCUUCAUUGAAAAGACUAAAUGUUUGGACGCGCCGAUCAGUCUCAAAAUCCGCCCAGCAAAACGACACUGGAGCGCAAAACACAGGAUAGGCAGUUGUAUGCCAUUUCAUUUCUUCACAUUGAGUUCCGAUAGGGUGAAAUAAAACCGUUAUCAAUGGUUUCGUUACCCAAUAUUGCCAUGGUAAGCCUCACUACGAGGUAGUAACCUUCCGGAAAAUUCUAACUAACAUUAAGGUCUCGGUAAAUGAAAAUUUUAGUACAUUGCUCGAUUUUGUUUUUUAUGGAUUUUUGGCAUGAGUGGGUCCUAAAUUUUAAUUUGGCAGAAAAAGAAAAUCAGAAAGUGCUUUUUAACCCUUCUAAAAUGAGCCUUUUCUGAGCUAACCAGCCAAGCGUGGACUUCGCGCUAAAUCUUUAGAGCUGAUUUUCUCUCACUCUAUUUUAGACGCAAAAAUCAAAAUUCUCCGACCUCCAGUCGGGACAGGUUUUAAGCUAUCGCUUUGAAACUUUCAGAUAUGAUGGAUAAUGAUAUAGACUCAAAAAGAGUGUGAGGAAUUUUCCGAUUUCCCUUUGUAACUCAUUUUAUGUCAGUUUCUUUGCGUAAAUCGCGCUCGAGAUUCGACUUUUUAGUUUGAAAUGCAAUAAUUCCGCUAACACGAGACAUCUGCAAAUUUCCUCACACCCUUUUUUAGGUCUUUUAUCUGUCAAUCAGAUGCAAUAAAAAGGAAGUGAAUAUUUAACAACGCGAAAGGGCUGGAGCUUCAGCAGUAAACUCGAUACCUCUGAGUUCGAGAACAAAAAACUUAAGCACCUUUUGAAAUUCGAUGAAAUAAAAUCUUUUAUAAGGUAAUUUAGUCUUUUAGCUUUAAUUUGAUAUGUAACUUGCCUUUGUAGCGAAAAUACUCGCGCGACUAGAAUUUUUUUCUGUGGGCACCUCGUUUUCCUUUACCGAGACCUUAAAAACGAAACGUUGGUAUAGAUUUGUCUUUACCAGCCUUUGGAAUCCAGGUUAGGCCACACAGAAGUCGGUUAAGAAUGGCUAAAUAUGACACUGGUUCGAAUUCGCCUCUGAUGAAUAUUCGGAUCUUUAAAAGUUAGUCAUGAUUUCGUGUACCUCAGCACCAUUACAGUGCCGGGUUAAUUUCCUAAAUUGAAGUUAAAACUAUUCAGUUCUGCUCGGCACUUGGACAUUUUCCUUACGCCAAAUCAGAUUUGAAACAUAUCUCAGAUUUCAGAAUCUGUUAUUUUUUGCAUUAUUUCAAGAGGUUACUACAAAAAUUACAAUACUUUACAGAACUAGGAAAAAUUAAACAACAAAUUACAUAAAUCAUCAAAGGUGAAAUGUGUGCAGUGACCAAUGCCUUAACGGAGCUUUGGCUUUCGAGUUGGUCACUAUCACGUGUAACUAACUGCUGUAGACAUUUACAUAAAACUACAAGUAACAUAUAACGGAGAAAAGAAAAUUGAAGGUGCAUUAAGUCUUACUUACAAUUUUAUAUAAAUACAAUAGAAAUGAUUAUUGAUAAUGAUGACAGAGAAAUCAAAUUACUCAUUGGGUAUUUAAAAGGUACAGGUUGUAUUGCUCAUAGAAGUUAUUAUAAGGGAGUUGUUUGUAAUUUAGAGGGAAUGUUUUCUAAUAUUUUGAAUCCAAGAAAAGCAAAAGCGACAGCUCUAUAAUUAUUGCUUAUCCUUGGCCGAUGAAAAUUAAGCUUGGAUAGGUCUGAAUACAAAUCUGGUGUUGCAACUAUGAACCUCAGAGGCUAGAUAUCUUGAUUUAAUAAAGAACUUUUAAGGGGACUAGGAUACAGCUGUUUUACAGGGGUUUUAGGUCAAUUUAGUCUGUGGCUUAACUCAUAUAUACUUAGUACGUUUACCUACUCACAAAAUAAUCCUGCAGAGUUACGAAGAAGAUGUCGUAAAACUCAAAGACUAGUAUUAUUAAACGCAGCGUUGUUGAAAUUCAUCUACGUGAUUAUCCUACGUAAAACGAGCUUAGUGAUCCGAUUAAAAAUCGUUUUUACUGUGAAAAAAAUUACUUAAUCGAUGAUUUAAUUAUUUGUCGGGAGGAAAAAUCUCUCCUCUAGAAUUUUCAUUUUUACCUUCUCAAAAGGGCCUCGCUCCACCAGCCGUUCAACAAGUUAUGCGAUAGUUAAUGACUACGUACUCAGAAUCAACAAUUUACCCGAAUACGGAGCGAAUUAUCUGUCAAUCCCCAGAGGCAACUCAACAGAGUUUCGAACGGAAGACUUUUCAAGUGCCCUAUUAAAGGCUGUAAGAUCCCUGUUGAUUCUCUUAACGUACGUGUGAAUGAGAGCGCCACAAUUUCAGCGUAUUAUAUAUAGACACACGCCUUCGCUUCCAGAGUUCCUGAUUUCCAACCAGAGCCGUAGAAAACUGGAGACAUCUCUCCAAAGGAGUCAAUGUAGCGAACUAGAUAAUAUUCGUUGAUCCAUCCAAAGUCCUUAUCACUUGGCGAAUUACAAUGGUACUUCCUUAAUAGUAGUGCUCUCUUUAGUAAAUUUCUCUUGAUACCGGGUAAAGAAUAUCGUUUUUGGUACAAAACAAGGCAAGUAGCUAGCAUCCUCGUAUCCGCGAAUUUUAGACAGCUUCCGAAUUCAAAUUCUAAACCAAAAGCUACCUCUCUUCCGUUACUAAGGAAUGUUUUCGUUUAAGAACGAUUGUGUGGUAUUGACUUUCCAACUCUAAUCUUUCCAACUCUAACAUGCUACAUAGCACGUACUCCAAAAAGGUUAUUGUAUAAUGUUACGUAACGUAAUUACUUAUACGCGUGACUUGGCAUAAUUUUGACCUUAUGCGCACGUGGUCUUAGUCCAAUUAUUCAUCUGAUUCAUACUUCAAAACGAGAAAUAAAACAAAAAAAAAAUUAUUAUUCAUUGCUAAACUUACAUUUCAAUAUAUCGAAAUUGGUCUAUUCUUGACUUCUUUCGAGCUAUUUUGUCUUUUUUUUUUUUAAUCUGACCUUUAAAACGCAGAGAAACAUAAGAAAACUUGUGUUAUGGUUAGGGUUAGUCUUUACCAGUAAUACUAAGCAUUGUAUUACAAUUAUUGUCUAUUUGAUUAAAUCAUAUCACUACUUUUUCACUUAGCGGAAAAAUACACCCAAUGGGGAUGAUGACGGUUGAUUGAUGGGAAAAUCUACGCAAUACGUACAGGAGCCGAUUACAAUUAUUGUCUAUUUGAUUAAAUCAUAUCACUGCUUUUUUCACUUAGCGGAAAAAUACUCAGUGGGGAUAAUGAAGGUUGAUUGAUGGGACAAUCUACACAAAAUCUACACAAUACGUACUAACUGAGUUCUUAAAUUCGCAUUUAAGACUGAUUUCUGUUCAGUGUACUCGACUACAUUACUGCUAGGGACGAAAAGAUUACAGUUCAACAGCACUACAUGAAAGCAUUGGGGAUGAUGGUAGUUAUAUUUGGUUCCUUGGUGAGAAAUGAAUGUAAAAAAAAACAAGGAAAAAAUGUUUUUUUCAAAAAAACAAAGCUGAAUACAAGGCUGGCAAUACGGCAAAGGGCUGAUUUAUUUGGAGCCAGUAUUGUUGGAUAAUAAAAAUAAUUAAGAUUUAUUAGCCUUUACCAGUAAUACUAAGCUGAUACUAUUAAGCAGCCUCUGAUUAGCAAGCUCGAACCAGCGUAUCCUGUGCUAUUCAUCUCCAGGAACACUGAUGGCUUCCUGUCAUCUCCUCUUGGGUAGCCUGUGUAGCAGGCGCUUAUUGAAAGUAAUUGCCUAAGAAAGAACAGGGCGUGCGACGGAGAUACGCGAUGGGAGACCUGGCGUGUCUGGGCCGUCGCGCACCCCUUUCCAUUUCGUAUCUUAUUUCCAAGCGCCUGACACCGCUUCCUGUUUGGAGAAACUAGGGUCACACGCACCCAUCUCCCGCGCCUUAUCCCUUUGAAUAAACAGCCUCAACAAUGCGUAGAUUUAAUUUUACCACCAAGUCAUGGUUCUCAUCUAAAGUGUCUCCUGUAUAUGGACCAUCCACCUUUUAGAUCUCUAUUAUUUAUCAGCCGAAGGAUUGAUUACAACAUUAGCAACGAUAUUGUGAUAUUGUGGUCAUUGCCCUCCCCCCCCCCGGGGGAGAGGGGGUGAGAGUGGCUACUCAACGUCAGUACAACCAUAACGGAAGUGAUAAUAUCUCACAAGAAGACUAUUGAAAAACGGUUCAACAUUUGUUAUUAAUCAUAUUUUACAAUCCAGAUCACUUUCUUAGGAUCACUUGUAAACUCAGAGUAAGAAAUCCCGGGUCAAUUUAGGUUUCUUGGAAACUGCCUACCUACCCCUCCCCUAAGCCACUAUUUUGCCCUAAGAGAGAAGUAAGUGAUAAUGUUGGCCUAGGGGAGGGGUAGGUGGGCAGUUUCCCAGAAACGUAACUGAUCCGAAAUCCCAAUAAAGGAGUUAGCCAAACAAAAGUAGUCUUAAUCUGAGAAAUAAUAGAAGAUUUCACGUUCACGGACACGUUUAAGUUCACGAUUUCACGAUUUCACUAUUUGCAUAACAGACAGACUAGAAAAAAUAUACUUUUUUUCCUUUUUUACAGCAAUUGUAUGAUGGCGAUUUGAUUAGGUGAUUUUAUGGAUGUACAUUUUGGCGUAGUGUAAUUAUUUGUAUUCAUUUGCAAAGUUUUACCCAAUUCAGCUCUGGAGUUGUAAUUUAAAAGCUUGAAUAAACUAUCUUUUUCUUUCGUCUUUCUCUCUCAAAACUGGGUCAUUUUCAGCCUCAAACACUCCCGGCGGUUUUAGAAUCUGCUCAUACUGCAUAUUCGGAUUCAGAAGACAACUUCUCUUUUUUUCAUUUUUAUUUCAUAGCUGGCUUAUCUACCGGAGGCGAAGACUUGCGGCGUCGCUUGGAGCAGGUUGAGAAUCGCAAAAGUUGUAAGUGAGAUGUUUUUUAACCUGCUGGGUGUUGUUUAGUGGGUCUGCUCAGGGAUACCCAUUUUUCAGUCAUUCGGAAGAUUGACGAUUUUUUAGUUAGAGUGGAACCCCGCUCUACAGACACACGUAUUUUACGGAAAGUUUCGUUUGUCCCGACGAAAAUUUCAUAUACUUUCUUUAAAAUUAACCCGCUUAAAACGGGCACCGCCGGAUUAAUACGGAGAACGGACACUUUUUUGUGUUAGUCCGAAUCACAAACUCCUAAAGAUCGCCAUCCCCGCUUAACGGUCACUCGUUCUUUGUGCACUGUCUAUGACUGAAUUUCUUACCACUAAACUUGACGGAAACGGCGGGUGAACUCGCCACAAAAGUUUUUAUUUUUAGUUCAAAUGGCGUCAGUAAAAAGUUAUGAACACCCGGAUAACGCGAACACCAUGGCAUGUUCCCUUUAAUUAGUGUCCAUAUUCACCCCGUGGGGUUCCACUGUAAUCCAGCCAGACCAACCAAAUGUUGGCAGAGAUACUCUCUCUUAUACCGAGGUUCUCGCUGGGUAUUCCAAUGAAAAUAGCAAUAAUGAUAAUAAUAAUAAUAAAAUAGUGAGCGCAAAGUGCAAACCCUUGAUAAUCAAACAAUGCAUUGAAUGAUCUUGCUCCUUUCUGCUUAGUCCUGGAAACUUGUAAUAACUGUCAUGGGGGAUGUCUAUUAGAAAGGGGGCGCUUAUUAGAGACCGGCCUCUAAUACAAACUUAACAUCGUAGCAGGGCGUUUAUUAAACAAGAGGCGUUUUUGUUAAAAAUGGGCGUCAAUUUUGAUUGUGUAUUUGUAUCCUGGGGGGGGGGGGACUCCGCAUAUGAAAGGGGUGGGGAUGCUCGUCGGAAAUUUUGAAUUAAACCCCUAAAGGAGAUCAAUCUCGGCGUGGCCCAACCUUUUUUUGACCCCUAAAAGCGAUCAUUUUAAACUUUGAUUACAUGAAUCGAGUAAAUAAAACGAAUUGAAAAUAUAUAAUUUUUAAUAUUUCUUCGAGUGCAACCCUAAAGGAGGCUUUUACGGCUAAAAAAUAAUGGUGUUUUACCCAGAACACCCUAAGCGAGACCAAAAUCCGAAAUUCACACCCCUAAGCGCGACGACGAGCAUACCCACCCCUUUCAUAUGCGGAGUCCCUCCUGCUCUUGGUUAUAAUUCAACGCUACUGAUAUACGAACUGCAAGCUUGAAAUGUUUUAAAUGAAUUUCUCGCUUUCUUUUCAGAUAAAGAAAUUACUUGUGAUGUAGCUAAAUGUGGCAGCCGAAAGGUACUGAUGUACAUGCCCUCUGUCAUCUGGCAGCAUUUACGUUAAUAAACUCUCUGAUAGCCUAUUCCCUGGUUUAAUCAGUUGGUUAGAACAGCUUUAUGUUAAAAUGAAGGUCAUAAACCCCGUACACAAACUAUUACUUAAACCGAUCUUAUGCAAGAGACGAAAGGGAAUUAAAGAACCAAUCAAGACAGUCAAAGUGUUUAACUGAGAAACAAAACGGUUGGUCGCUUACGGGAGAUGGUCGCUCACGAGAAGUGGUCGCUUUGAGAGAGUCGCGGGAGAGAGUUCACUGUAGUUGGGAGGGGCGCGAAGUAACGAAAGUAAGGAAAAAUGCCAAUCAUCAUUUUUGUUUUGGUUGGAUUUUAUCACAACAGGAGUCAAGAAAUAACUCAAAUGUACCGGCCAGGAUAACGUGCAUUCCUCAUAGCAUCACUGAGGAGCGUCACUUGAUUUCUGAUUUUUACGUGAAACCGAUAGAAACCAUUCAGAGCUGUCAGGAAGUGACGUCUGGCUGUCAGCGGUUUCCGCGCAUGUACACCUAUUACCCUCACACUACGUUCAACAGGACCAUUGAUGUUGGUGUUUGCGCCGGAAGCUGCGGAAACCAACUGUCUUGCAGGCCAGUUUGGACGAAUCAGAAGGCAAUUGCUACUCCCAAUGGUGAGUGA